UACCGUCGAACGCUGCUGGCAGCUGUGAUCGCGCGCGCGCGCGCGCGACACCUUCCCCGACGAGACACACACAUACACAUACAGAAAGAAAGAGAGAGAGAGAGAGAGAAUGAAUCCGCGGCUAUGUGUCGUGGCGACGCGCUAUGAAGCGUUGUCGCGGAGCCGUGCUCGUCCAGGACACACCGUCGCCCGAUAGCUGCCACCCUCGACCACGCUGUCUCUCAUCCGCUCUCAUCCCGCAGGCUUCGUCCGUCCACCCGCACCGUUCAACCGGGAGAAUCCUCUGCCCUGUCCGCCAGCCACCAGUGUUCGUCGUGCGCCGAAGGUGUCUCCCCAACUGACGGGUCGCUGGAGAGAGAAGGAAAGCUCGCAAUUUAGCGGGAAAUAAACGAAGCGGGGGAAAGACGCUGAAGUAACGCAGUUUCAUUCCCGACGGCAGAUAAUCAUUCAAGAUUGGCUCGGCCGCACGACCAUGAUGAAUCGGGAAAACGAGGAACAGCGACCGAUCGCCCAGACGCUGUGCGGCGCGCUGCAAAGGGAGCCGAAUUGCAAAUGCCUGCUGCUGUCGUUGCUGAUAUACAUCUGCAUCGCCGCGGUAACGUGGUGUAGGUGCACCAACGUCACCAAGCUCAUGGUCAACUACGCCAAGUUCCCCAUCAGAAGCUCGAAGCACAUAACGUCGCCCUGCGACGAGGGCUACAUAUACAUUCCGGUGGCAUUUAUGGGAAUGCUAUAUCUAGUUUAUCUGGUGGAGUGCUACCAUUCGCCCAUCAGAAUCGAUUUGUUGCACGCCGAGAGUCAGGACAGCGUGUUGGCCAAACUGGCGCAGCUGAAGAUGGCACGGCCGACUAUAUGGUGGAGGGCGGUUUCCUACCACUACGCACGCAGAAAACGGCAGAUCACGCGUUACAGGAACGGGGAUAAUUACAUCACCACGCAGGUCUACUACGAAAGAGUGAAUACACAUGUGGCCACUUCCUCCUAUUACUACCAUUACUGCGGCGUCAAGGACAUCAGCAAGGACCUGGUGCUCGGGGCGAAGAUACCGAUCACGAAGAUCAUGCUCACCAAGGGCUUCGCCUUUUCAAACAUGACUUCGGCCACGGAGUUCGAGGAGAUUCGAUCGAGAUUUUUUGCCGAACAGGAAAUCAGGGAUGACUACCUGGAGAUGCGAGAAGGUCUCGACAUCGGAAACAAUGUCAAUUCCACAAUGCUGGUCGCCGUUCUCGGUAACCCUUGGUUCACGAACCGCUAUGUCUACUGGUGCUUGAGUGCCUUGCUGCUCAGCUGGCCGUUGAGAGUGAUCAUAGAGUACAAGACGCAAUAUGCCGACUAUCAGAUCACCAAGCUCUUCGGCGUGAACUACGACACACCGACGUCCGGCGAGCCCAUCCACGCGUCCAUGAGCCAGCUCAGCCAGCCAGGCUCCUACAUGCUGGCGCCCAGUUACAGCGAGGCGUUGCUGAUGGACCCGGCGCCCAGCAACGAGGUCGAGCGCGACCAUGAGAACUGGCAAAGUUCUCAGACUCAGGCGGACGUGGAGACGGACAUGGUGCCGAGCUAUUCCGAGGCGCUUCUCUACGAGCGGGCCGAGCAGCUGAGCCACCAGAACGUGAACGUCGUGAGCGUCGUGAACGCCGCCGGGAACUCGGCCGACGCGACCACCUCCUGCAACAUGGAGGACCCGGCCGAGCCGAUCCUGACGACCCCGUGCGAGUACCACUGCCCUUGUCCGUGUCACAGCAACACCAACAGCUACGAGAUCCGGGUGGACGAGCGCAGUUACAUCGAGAUCACGUCGAGCAGCGAGCACCUACCCGUCAGCCCACCACCGACGCACCGGGUGGUGAACGACGACGACGACACCUUCGAGAGCCGGAUAGCGACGUUGAGGACCACGGCCGACGGUCGCCUGCAUCCCUCCGCGAACCGGGCGCCCCGCUCGAUGGACAACCUGCAGAGCGGAGCGUCGCCGAGCAAGUGCGGCAGUUGCGGCAGGAUGUCCAUCAGCACGCAGACCAUCAACUCGGACGACCAUGCGCGCGCCAAGUCCGGCAGAAGCUCGCGGACCUCGUCGGUCGACUUCGUCACCGGCGUGACGCCCAAGAGGGACAAGCAGACCAUACCCUGCAACAUCUCCGAGCCGAACCUGCGAUCCCGCUCGGAACCGGCGAACGCAUACUUGAAGGAGAACGUGAAGAGCCUGGAGAACAUCCUGGAGAACGAGGAGGAGCCGAUGAGGAGCGGCAAAGCCGGCUGCGCCAGUGCGGAGGCGAAUUUGCCGAGCGAAAGGCCGUACUUCGGCGGGCAUCAGAGGUGGACCCCCGUGCCCAGGCCACCCUCGCUCUCCCACUCCCGUUCUUUGUCCCUCGACGAGGAGAGCGUAUCCAGCAGAGCGUACAUGAGCAACAAGGGCGCCAUCCCGAGGACCGAGGCCGCGCGCAGCAGGAUCACCGUGAACCCGAUAUCGAACGAGGCCUGUUGGAAGCUGCCCAACUCGAAGACGUACUUCUGCCUCAAGUCGAUUCUCAAGCAGAACAGGCGGCGGUACACCCUGGUGACGGCGGACGAGUACCAGAACCUCGCGGAUCAGACCGCCGACAGAGGCCUGGAGGGCGUCGACGCCUUCGGCAGAGGCAAGAAGGACGACGUCUGGGCCGACAGGUUCGCCGAUCGGUCGCGCAUGAGGGAGAACUUCGCGAACCCCAGGAGGAGGAUGCCGUCGUUCGAAGAGUUUAUGGUGGUUGGUGGGGACAGGCCGUACCCGGCCGGCGAUCAAAACAGGGAAGGCACCAGAACGCUCAUCUUCGCCAGUCCUCUGCAAAAGAUCCCGAGCAGCGACCCGUUCGGCGGCAAGGACCUCGUGCCGGGCAGGAGCUCGAUGGAGCGCAACCUCAGGGAGAACCCGACGCCGGUUCUCGCGCGUCUCGCACGGUCGACGGCCGAUCGGGAAGCUAAGCGACGUGUUCCCGACUACAACCGGCAUCGUCGCGUGUACAACGUCCAGCAAGAGCGCCCGGUGAUGCAUCCGUUCCUCCAUUCGCACGCUCAACACCAGCAUCAGCAUCAGCACCAGCAUCCACUACUUCAGCACAGAUUGCCGUCGGUGGACCACGGGGAUCGCAUGGACGACUUCCAGACCAACGAGACGCCGUAUCGAAGCAACGUCUCCCUUCCACCCCACAACAGCCUGUUCUCCGAGCACGCCGGCAGGAGGUCGAUGAUAAGGACCUCGAGCGAGCAGUACGACAGGUCGACCGGUGACCGUCGCCCGAUUGAUCUACGCUCGCUGAACAGGAGGCACCAGUGCGCCGGCCUGACCAGAUCGUUCACGGAACGGCGCCCGAAAGUCGCGCGUCUCGACAGGAACUUCCGUAGAAGCUUCAACGGCAGGGUGGAGGAUUACAGGACGGAGGAUUAUAGAACGGAGAAUUACAGGACGGAGGAUUACAGAACGGAGGAUUACAGGACGGAGGAUUACAGAAUGGAGAACACCAAACGAAGGAAUUUCAGCAUGGAGACGUCGUUGUAACAAGCAUAACCGAGCGGUCUAUCAGGAUGGACUGUGUGGUUCUCGGUUGUAAGCGAGUAAUUCCUUCGCUACGCAAGGUGUCUCUAAAUCGGCCCGUCAACUCGUUCUCCUAGAGGAAGACCGGGACCGUUCCCCGACGUAGUUCUAAUUACAAAUAGUAUAAUUACGAAUAGCCGCGCGUCCGGCAUUGUAAGUCGAGGACGCCGAAUUGCUCUUUUACUUCGAAAAUCAGUCGGCAAUUCAUAUUUUUCAGCUCCGUAUCGUCGCAUCUGUGCUCGUUAAUAUUUUCAAAGCAAGUCGAGCUCGUUCGCCCGCGAAAAUGUAAGUCGUCUGUCUUAUAUAAUUUAUUAUAACUGACUGCGUUCAGAAAGUAUAACGGAUGAGUUCACUGUACUAGUGUUCUUGAAACUAUCUGUGGAACUAUUCUCUGAAAAACAAAAAUUUGACUUCGAGUUAAUUAAAAUUAUGUCUUCAUCAAUAAAUACAGUGAACUUUAUGAAAUAAUGGAAAUUGGUGAUAAUAAUUAUUUAUAUAAUUAUUUAUUAAUUACUUAUGUAAUGAAAAAGGUAAAUUUCUCCGUUUUUCUAUCAAGUUUAAAAUAAAAUCGAUUUCUUCAUUAUUCAGUUUCCUCCUGUAAUUAGUUUUAUUUAUUAAUAAGAUUUUAUCAACGGAAAUCGAAUAUAUUAAUAUACUUACAUAAUUACCUAUUUUUAACUUUAAUAAAAUUCACAACUUUACUUUGAGAUUAAAGUGUGAGACAGCAGCCAUGACAGCUCGUUUGACAUUUAUUUACAUGCUCGACUUGCUCGACGACUCAUAAUCACGUUCUCCAUCUGCUAGCUCGCAUCUCAGAUUUAUGCCGAUUUGCAAUGCCGAACGCAGCUGAUAUCGUUUCGCGAGUCACUAAUUCCUUCGGACGAGAUCCGUUUGAGAUUGAGACCAAGAGGAAAAGCCAGAAAUCUUGACGAGAAUCGCGUUCUUCCAAGUUUCUUUCUCUUCCAAGUCGCGAGCGACGCAUUGAUUAUUUCACUUCUCUCGUAAACUUAGAUCUUAAAACUGUACAUUGAAAAUUCACGUAAACAGCGAAAUAAUUUAGAUCGCCUGAAAGACAUCUUUAGCGAUAGCAAUGGAGGAAUUUAAUUCCCCGCGGAGGGGAAUCUCGUUACACGGAGUUGAUGAUUUAGAAUCACCUUGAGGUAACUCGCCAAGAAGGAGGAACUUUCUAAGUAAAUGAUCGGUUAAACCGGCGCGAUUCGCUCUUAAACACGGUUGUAUCCCCAUCGUCGUGCAAGUUUUCCUCCUCUAUCUAUAUUAUAGAUGGGACUCUUAGAGAUCUAGUUAGGUCACAGAGAGCGAGAGAGUCGUUGACCGGGUUCGGUUUAGACCGAGCCGUCGACUCAGCCUUAAAAGAAAAAGUUGUUACUCCUUUGUUCCACGCUACUUGUAAAUAUAUCCGUCCUACUACUUUUCGAAUAACCAGAAUACGCAAACGGGUCGUGCGAUUUCAAAGGACACUCCAACCAGCGAGCUAUUGCUCGUAACUCGUCCUCGCUUCGAGACGACGGCGCCCUCGAAAGAGAGAGGCCGUACAAUGUUUGGGCUUCGGACUUCCGGCUGGGCUGAUGAAGCUCUUGCGAAACAGAGCCCGCGUUCACGCGCCAUGUUUACCAUUAAAUACGGUCCGUCUAGAAUAUUUCGUUGUUAAACUAUUGAUUAAACGAUCUUGUACGGUAAUUGCGGCGUCGAGAAGCUCAACUAGGAAGUUUGAGAAAAAUCGCGCGAUCGGAGUAGUUCAAAGUCUCGAAAAGUUCGAGAAACGUCGAAACGUACCCAACUAAACACCGACUGACAGUGACAUUACAACAAUAUAAGUGCAAUAUAGCAAGGUUGUACCGUAGAUUUUAAGAUCACGAUCUGCUGAUUGGCUGAUUUACGUAUUGCCUGCGUGAUAUCAACAUAGACUUUCCUCACGUAGACAAUGUGUAAACUAUGUAAAAUAUUACAAAUUGCACAGUGCUCAGUGCAAAGAGAAUGACUAAAUUAUUAAUUUAAAUUAGUUUAAACUAUAAAAUAAUUUCACGUAUUCCGAUUUUGAUGUUGAUUCUUACGCCCUGCAACAUAGCACAUGUACUGCAAAUAUAAUGACGUAUUAACGACGUAUUAAGGGCGCCAGUGACGCCGUUGAAACAUCAUCACGUUUGCUGUCUGUGUGUGUUGUACGUAGCGACUACAUCGUUGAGUAAAUGACAUAACAUUGAUAUAACUUUACUGUCAGUCGGAUGUUUACCGGGCCAAUACGAUCGGCAAAAGACCGAUCGCGUUAUCGCGGCUCAUCGUGACGGAGAUACGAUCGUAUUUUACGCUAAAUGUGUUCCGUGAGAGAGCACGGAACGGAGUGUACAAAAGUAGAAGAAGAAGCUUCGCAUCGCUGAAUAGAGCGCUUAGCUGAGCGCUAAGCGGACGCGCCUCGGGGGUGGCUCCAAGUACAAUUAAUUUUUUUCCCGGAAUGACGUGCCUCGCUAAUUUAGCCAAGCCAAUUUUCGAAAGUUACUCGCGCGCGAGAUUUACUAUUAUUAAUUAAAGCGUAUGCGCUGUUACAAAACAUCGAGUCAAUUAACAUGCGCAAGCUAACCGCGUGUGUGUGUUGUUGUUGUGGCCAAAGAAGAGAAUAAGAAGGGGAAGAAAAGAGAGGGACAAAAAUUAAACGUUAGAUUAGAUCGUAGACAUUGAAAUUGAGCGCUUUGCGUUGUCGUCGCGCGAGUGUUCAACGAGCUCGAACACGCCAACGCGUUUAGGUCUAAUGCGAGUGUCUCGUCGGUGCCAUAACCGACUGAAUCAGGCCGAUUUGUCCGUUUUUUAAGUACUCUGUGGAAUAAUUAUCUGGAAAAAAACGAGAACUCCAUAUUGCGUAUCGUUAAAUACACACACAUAUACACGCACAUUUACAGGCUCCGAUUUGAUUACUACACCGACGUUAACCGUUACCGUCAUGAAUUUUUUUCUCGAGUCUCGAUUCAUUUUACGUUCACAUUCGCCUUACAUUCGCACAAGUGAGCUGAGAAUUGACCACCUUACCGGUCCCGUUCGCGUCGGAGGCCGGUCUCCUCUCAGGUCUUCGUCGUUACACGGAGAAAAGAUAUUGCAGUAAGAAUCACCAGAAAAUUUCGCAAUGCUGGACCAUACCGGAACUACAUCUGAAAUUAUUAUGCGUGCUGUAAUCUUUAGUGACGUGUAAAGAUUACAACACACGUCAUAAUUCCGGUAUGGUCCGGCGUUAGAAAAUUUCGUGUGGUGAUUUUUACCGCAAUACCUUCCCCGUGUACUCUUGUAUUUAAACGUAAACGACGAAAUUGAACGGGCGUUCCACUUGUUACUAAUUGUUACAAAAAUCACACGAUAUACCUAUACAUAUAUAUUAUAUACAUAUAUAUAUAUAUAUAUAUAUAUAUACACAUAUAUAUAAAUAUACGUGUAAGUCUGCGUGCACGCAUACGCGCUACGCACACGCCUGCGGUAAGCGGAAGAGACGAUGGGAUCCGCAAGAAUGCGUUCUUUGGACCGACGAAGUGCAGAGGGAAUAACGGACGAGAGAUUAAAAGACUACAAGUCUGCAAAUCAAGUCCAGGACCAAAUUUACGCGAAGACUUAGUCGUAAGUGAGUCGACGUAACGAGAACCACGUGGAACGGAUUCUUGCUGUCGAGCUGAGCUCGUCGAGCCUUUCGUCUCGUCCGUCUCAUUUCGGAACUUUUUCACCGCAUAGAUGUGCACAAAGUGGUGUGGGUAUAUACUCGUCAAGCGAUACUGAGUUGCGCAACUUCUUACGGUAGGGUAAAGCGAGGUAACUUGACGUUAAUCGAUAAUUCAAUAAUAAUAUACACUGCACGCAUUGAUUGUCAGAGAGCGCGCGUUUACCGCGCAGCACCUUCCGCAGGUAAAGAAACGUCGUCGGGUAUCGUUGAGUUUGUUAAUAGACGUUCGUUAGCGAUCUUACAGCCUCGGUACGUGCGGUUUUCGCUCACGCACACAUCACCGGCGUAUGCCUUCGUCGUGUUUAUACUUUAGAUUCGUAAUUCUAAGGCUAAGUGACGCGAGUAAGAAAUGACGCUCGAACGAGAUUAGAAAAAAAUAAAGAAAAAUCGUAAAUUACAAUGCGCACACGCACAGAUCGGCAUGGCAGCCUCGACGUCUAUUAGCCCGGAUUAGUAACAGGGCUGAGAAAAAAAAAUAUCGAGGAGAUAAAAAAUAUUUAUUCGGUUGAGUACUAAUAAAACGUUUAUUUAAAUUUACAUUCCUUAGUUUUAAAAGAACACAAACAAUUGCUUUCACAAAAAACUACGCUUCCAAGAAAAUGUAUAUAUUCUUAUUUGAAAAAAAAAUGUUUCAGUUGAAAACUGAAUGUAUAUUGAUAUAAGUAAAUAUGAAAAUUAGUAUCCACCGAAUAUAUGCUUUUUAUUUGUCCGAUUUUCUUCCAAGUACGGUGAACGUCGUCGAACAGCAGUAACGUUAUAUCAGCGUUGUAAUUUCUCCCCAUUCAACGAUGUGACUUGUUACGUACAACAUGCGUUAUGUUGCACUCACACUGCUGCAGUGAGAAAUUAUAACAUUGAUAUAACAUUACUCGCUCUUUAGUGGGUAGGAUUUUUCAGUCGCUCGCAUCGUGCCAACAUAUUCCUGCAUCAUAACUAUUGAUUAUUUAACCAAACGGCGAAGAUCUAGCGGAUAUUACUUCUUUCGGGUUUUUUUCUUUUUUUUAGAUCUCGUAACUAGAAAUUACAAUUACGAUACAACGCGAGUGAUUGAAAAAUUGGAAUUAAUGUUGCGCCACGGGACGUAACGACUGUUACCAUACUGGUCUGUGCAUAUUUCGCGCGGAUCUACGGUCGAUUCGAGUGCUCGAUGAAAUUUGCCGCAAUGUGGCGGGCAAAAAAAGAUAUAAAAAUGAAAAAGAGCAUGUUGCUAUAGCUUUCUUACCGAGGAUGUUUGUACAACGAAGCCGUAUUUUUUUAGCGAAGUGUAAUACAUAUUUUACAUAAGUGGAGUUCGAUCCACGCGUUCCGCGGGGAAGCAUGUAUGCUUGUUGAAUAGGCUGUUAUGUACAACAAAGUACGCUACGCUACGAGCCAAAUAACGAGCCAACAGUAAAUCCGUCGUUCAAUCACGCCAACGUUUACUUUUUAAUCUCUUGCGGACAAUCUACGACGUCACUAUUAGAACGCGCACAAUGGGAUCGAUUUUGCUCUCUCUCUCUCUCUCUCUCUCUCUCUCUAUUUAAAUAAACUAACAAUACCGAACUUAUGCCGUCUCAGAAAAAGUGCUCUUCUAAUUAAACGUCGUUAUAGGUCGAAGCUAAAACGCAGAGAAAAAAAGUCGAGAGUACGAUGAGAGCGGAAUUACGCACGCAUAACCCGUUAGUGUAGAUCAACGGUAGUGGGAUGUCAUAGGAUAUGAUUAUUGUAAUUAUUAAUUAUCAUUAUUAUAUAAUGUUACGAAUAACAAAGCGCACGACAUUGCUGUAAAAAUACUAUUGGUACGUGAAAUAGAUGUUAUAAAGGAAUGAAAGAAAAAACAGGAAAGGACAAGUUAUGCGUCUUCUCAUUAGUGGUCGCGCGAAUGAAACGAAAAAUACGUUACAUCUUUGCUGCGUUAUACUUUUCUCCGGAAGAAAAACAUAUAAUAUUAUGCCUAAUAUGUAAGCAAACUUGUAUAACGUCAAGUUAAUAUCAAAGCGAAUAUCACUGCAGAAGUCCACAGGUUUGUAGUAACAAUUAAAUUCGACGAAAGUGACAGCCCGAUCGACAAGGGACGAGCGAUUAUCAUAAACUGGAGGGAACGCGAGAGCAUAUCAGGUGAAUCAAGUCUAAGAACUCUGAUAACACUCGAAAGUACUGUUAUAUUAAAAAUUUAACGUUAUUUCAGUGACAGAUGCACAGAGCUUACGCCGCUCCGUUUGCCACCAGCGAGAAAGAUCGCUAAUGUUGACGUCAGCAAGUGGAUUUCGGAUCCUGCGGGAACGAACCGGCGAGGAAGUACGUUCCUGAGUGGCUUUUACCUGUCAUUUGAUUGUUCCGUGCUUUCAUUUAGCUUAAAUUAGCAGCGACCGCGAGAUUGGUAUUGUUGUAAAAGAAUUUGUUCUUUCCUUCCAAAAGGAUGUGUGCAAAUCGCGUGUUGCGAGUGAAUUAUAAGUAUUUUGCAAGAUCAGAGUUAUCAUAUGUAUAUGAAUAUCAUCCUUAACUACUCUGCAGGAUACUCUAUUCUUUACAAUAAUAAUAUAAUAAAGUUAGUUAUAUAUAAUUAUACAUAGGUUUCUUAUACAUA